GACCCGGCGGCGUUGCGCCUGCGCAGUGGCGCCGCGGUCAGCUGACUGCUCCGGCCGACACGUGACUCCCUCCGUGGGCCCCGGGGUCCAGGUAUCCGUGAGGCAGGAGCCUGGCCGGGAGCGAUGGAGCGCUGAGCCGUUAACGUCUGUCAGGCCGUCUGUGUUCCUUGUCUGGCGCCUGCUGGCUCCUGUCCUGAUUUCCGAAGCAGCAGCACUCGGUGACGAGCAUGACUGAGUUCUGGCUCAUCUCGGCUCCCGGGGAGAAGACCUGUCAACAGACAUGGGAGAAGCUGCACACUGCCACCACCAAGAACAACAACCUUGCUGCCACGUCCAAGUUCAACAUCCCUGACUUAAAGGUUGGCACGCUGGACGUGUUGGUUGGCUUGUCGGAUGAGCUGGCUAAGCUGGACGCGUUUGUGGAAGGGGUGGUUAAGAAGGUGGCCCAGUACAUGGCUGACGUUUUGGAGGACAGUAGAGAUAAAGUGCAGGAGAAUCUGCUGGCCAAUGGAGUCGAUUUGGUCACUUACAUAACGAGGUUCCAGUGGGACAUGGCCAAGUACCCCAUCAAGCAGUCUCUGAAGAACAUUUCCGAAAUAAUUGCCAAAGGAGUAACACAGAUCGAUAAUGACCUGAAAUCCCGUGCAUCCGCAUACAACAACCUGAAGGGGAAUCUUCAGAACCUGGAGCGGAAGAACGCAGGAAGUUUGCUAACUCGAAGUCUGGCAGAAAUCGUGAAGAAGGAGGACUUCGUUCUUGACUCGGAGUAUCUUGUCACCUUGCUGGUGGUCGUUCCCAAGUUGAACCACAACGACUGGAUCAAGCAGUAUGAGACACUGGCCGAGAUGGUGGUGCCCAGGUCGAGCAACGUUCUCUCAGAGGACCAAGACAGCUACCUCUGCAAUGUCACCCUGUUCAGGAAGGCGGUUGAUGACUUCCGACACAAUGCCAGGGAGAACAAAUUCAUCGUUCGAGACUUUCAGUAUAACGAGGAGGAGAUGAAGGCGGACAAGGAGGAAAUGAAUCGGCUCUCUACCGACAAGAAGAAGCAGUUCGGACCACUUGUGCGGUGGCUGAAAGUGAAUUUCAGUGAAGCAUUUAUUGCGUGGAUUCACGUGAAAGCGUUAAGAGUUUUUGUGGAGUCUGUUCUCAGGUACGGCCUUCCCGUGAACUUCCAGGCAAUGCUGCUGCAGCCCAACAAGAAAACCAUGAAGAAGCUGCGGGAGGUGCUGCAUGAGCUGUACAAGCACCUGGACAGCAGCGCGGCCGCCAUCAUCGAUGCUCCGAUGGACAUUCCCGGUCUCAACCUGAGCCAGCAGGAAUACUACCCCUACGUGUACUACAAGAUCGACUGCAACCUGCUGGAGUUCAAGUAGAGCACGCUGCUCCUGGACCGUUCUGUUGUGUGUCAGUGUGUGCUGUGCUGUAUACGGUGUACUUUAACUCUCCUUUGCUUGCACCCCCGCUCCCUGGGUGAGUUCUGCACUGUGCUCCAUGUCUCUUCAUUUUCUUUUUAAGGGAAUAUAUAUAUUGUUUCUUUUUAUCGAUCAGGUCUGUAAAUGUGAACUAAAAAAAAAUCAGAGUUUAUUUAUGAACAGAGUAGUUUAUUUGGAGAGCAGCUCUUGUCCCUUGGUCCUGUGGUCUGCACUCGCUACACUGUCAUUGUGGCGCUCAGCCCUGCGGACGGGCGACACAGGUUCACACCAUCCGCUCACUGUACGCGUGGUCGUAGCUCAGUAGUUCCUGACCUGUGAUGUAGAGAUGUGCCGCUCUUCCGGCUGUGCUUCUGAAUGCUGCUUCAUGCGGUCUGAGCACUGUCCGCACCCGCAGGAGAGAAUAAACUAGCUGUGUAUAGCUGUGCUGUGUGUGUGACUCAGAGGUGACAGCCCGCGGGCAGCAGAAGGAACGCGUCACAGCCAGCGUUCGCGCUGCCUCUGGAUUCCAUCACCCCCGCCCGGCUGUCCGCAUCUGACUUGCGUGUGAUGUAUUUGUGCCAAAUUCGGGUCGGAGCACAGAGUGGAAGAUUAUUUUUCAGUACUGACGGGUGUUCAUAUUUGGACACCAGGCUUUGGUUCUCUCCAGGGAUGAGGCCUGAGGGCCCACUUUGAAUAAAGUACAGCACAACCACA